AUGCAGGACCCUACGUUGCAGUUUUUGCGUACUUUAGUUACUCAUGGAGAAAACAAGUACUGUUUUGAUUGUCAUCAAAGAGGCCCGACGUACAUAAACAUCACAAUUGGUUCCUUUGUUUGUACAACAUGCAGUGGUGCUCUGAGAAAAUAUAACCACAGAGUGAAAUCAAUUUCAAUGUCAAAUUUUUCCCAGUCAGAGAUUGACUUCCUCUGCACUCGUGGAAACAAGGCAUGCCGAAAAAUAUAUUUGGCUCUUAGCGAAGACCAAACCAUGACUGAGAAAGACUUGAAAGAUGGAGCUUUAGAUAAUUAUUUAAGACAGAAGUACCAGCUACAAAAAUGGUAUCGCGAACCAACGUCACAGAUAGAAUCUGAAGCUUUGAAAGAAAAUCGAGGACUUCUUGAGCAGUCAGAGAAAAACAUGAAUCAGAAAGGCCAACGUAAUACAUGUGGUAAUGCAGCUGCUGGACUUAUUGUUCUGCCUACUCGUUCAAGUACUAAUCUUCCUUCCCAAAGCAAUCUAACCAGCGGGACAACACAAGUUAGUAAUGUCAAUGGAGACAGCUUGAUACCACAACAAUCUGUCACGAAUCAUUUCACCUUUAGUCAAAAACAGGAUGCAUUUAACAAAGCGACCGCUGAUCCAUUCGCUUCUUUUUCCACUCCAACUUCUUCCUCUUCAAAUACUAUUGCUGUUACCAUCACUAUCACAACAACAACAACUACUACUACGAAGUCUGAUCUCUUCGCGAAUUUCUGUCCUGAUGUCCUUACUUCUUUAAAUAAUUCAACAGUUAAAUCAUUCCCUUCUAACAUAAAUCCUACUAUAUCGAAUAUUUACUCAAGUUCAUCGAUAAAUACAAUGUCUAGUUUCCCUGGUCCAAGUGGUGGAGAUAAGUAUGCCGCACUUGCAGAAUUGGAUGGUUUAUUUAAAAAUACCGGACUUAAAUCAAUGAAUCCAGAAAUAAUGGAAAAAGGUACAAAUGAUAUUACAUUACCUAAAACCAAUGUGUCUAGGGUAUCAGACAGUCAAUGGGUCACCCCAUUCUCACCUCAUAUUUCUUAUUCCAAUAAUCCUGUUGUCGAAACAACACAUGGAUGGUCUGCGAAUACAUCUUUCAAGGAUAGUUUACAAUCACUCAAUCCCUUUGCCAAUCCAACAGUUGGAGUUCCAAAUCCUCCAGCUUUUAACAGAUUUACUAAUCCAUUCACAAGUUAUCCCAUUAUGACAGUACCUUCAAGUAUCAAUCAGUUUCCUGAAACUUUGAGUCUAUCUAAUCCAGAAAGUAAAAACCCAUUCCUCUCAAAUGCCCAGCAGUCAUUUAAUGCAAAUCCAUUUUCUAACUUGGCGAACUCUACAUCUGCCCAUUAUCAUUCACAAGUAACUGCUAGUUCUUUUUCACCCACCAUGCACCCAGCUAAUAAUUUUCCUACAAAAAUGAAUAAUCCCGUGAAUGGAGUAGUUGGACAACUUGGUCAUACUAGUGAUUCUACUACUCGUUAUCAAUUGUCCAAUUUCAAUCCUUUCUGA